CACAAGCGGCGGUGGCUGUGGCCGUCGAGUAGCGAGACCUCCAACUUUCGUCCUGUGCCGCUCUGAGGGGUAGUAGGCUUGGAGGGUAGUGAUGUCAGAGAAAAAGCAGUCGGUAGAGGAGAUUCACAGGAUUCUGGGUCUCCUAGAGGAGGAUGAGGAGUUCGAGGAGUUCCCUGCCGAAGACUGGACUGGUAUGGAUGAAGAUGAAGAUGCCCAUGUCUUGGAAGAUAACUGGGAUGACGACAAUGUCGAGGACGACUUCUCCAACCAGCUACAAGCUGAACUAGAGAAACAUGGUUAUAAGAUGGAGACAUCAUAACAUCCA